CGUCAACAUCUAUGAUCAACAAUUGGAAACACCAUGGCUAAAACCGUCCGUAAAUCCUCAAGCGCCACCGUGGCCAUCCCGAAGGCAAAAGCUGCUGAACCCGAGGAAGCUCUUGCUUCUACCGCGAAGCCCCGUGGCCGCCCUCCGAAAGCAAAAGCCGCCGAAUCUGAGGAAGUUCCUGCUCCUACUGCGAAGCCCCGUGGCCGCCCUCCCAAAGCGCUCAAUAAAGGCCCGGGACGCCCAAAAGGCGUGACCAAGGCUACGACGACCAAGCGCAAGGCUGCUGUUCCCACGCCAGCGACCAAACGAGGCGGUGUCAUCUCCAAGCUUGAUAGUGCGCGUCCCGAUGUCGACAUCAAAGAGAGGGCUCCUCCUGGGUUUACGAAGGAUGGGAAGGUCAAGGCAACGGUCCUGAUGCAUCAGUUCCUCAAUGCUCAUCGUCCAGCGCUCGCCCAUCUCACUACUGGCGAGCAGCGCAAGAAGCUCUUCGAGAUGUGGCACGUCGCCCCCGAGAACCCGAAGAAUGCCGCAGGUGGAGCCGGAGAAGGUUCUAGUGGUAGUGACAAGCAGGAGGUUGGAACGGUCUCGAGCGCUUGAAGCUCUGGGAGAUCUUGUGGCUUUUCUUCUGCACUGCAUUGCGGGAGUCAUGACAAGUUUCCGGAACCACAACGGGACAGGGCUGUGUUCCUUAAGAACCUCAUGAGAUUGAAAUUUUUGGGUUUCCGGCUUUCUGCGCUGGUGCAGCGGCAUGAACGGGUUUGGCUUGCGCGAACAUGCGCGGAAAGGUAGCUGAUCAAUGCAAACUUUUCUUACUCAC